CACCAUGCCCGCUACCAAGUGGUUACUGCUCCUCUUCUCAGUAGCCCUGUUGGGCCUGAGCUCCGCUCAAUUCACUGAUGAGGAGGAUGAACAAAAUUCAGAGGAUCCAUUAGAUGUACCAGCACCGAACGACUCCCAGGACGAUGAUCAGAACCCCGGCCAGCAACAAGGUGGUAACCAAAAACCUGGGCCUCCAGGUGGACAACAAGGAGGUCCUCCAGAGGGUCCGCAAGAAGGUCAGCAAGGUGGUCCACAAGGAGGCCCUCAAGAUGGUCAGCAGGGAGGCCGUCCAGGUGGUCCACAAGGAGGCCCUCAAGGUGGCCAGCAGGGAGGCCCUCAAAGUGGCCAGCAGGGAGGCCCUCAAGGUGGUCCACAGGGAGGCCCUCAAGGUGGCCAGCAGGGAGGCCCUCCAGGUGGCCAGCAAGGAGGCCGUCCAGGUGGUCCACAAGGAGGCCCUCAAGGUGGCCAGUAAGGAGGUCAUCCACUCUCCUCACCCCCAAGUGCAUAAGAAGGAAGAUGGACAUUCAGGAGGCACCCUCGAAGUCCUCAUGUGGACCUGGAUAUUCGAUAUACUUCUUGAUCUACU